AUGUCUGAAGCUCCACAGAUCAGUGUUGUUGAUGCUUUCAAAGCUAGACACUCAAUCCGUAACUAUAACGGAAAGUUUGAAGAAUCUCAUAUGGCUACUGUUCGUGCAAUUGUUGAAGAGGCCAACAAAUUAACGGCUCCAUUUGGAACAAACGGUGAAAUUGCCAUUACUGAGCCAGGAAUCAGCAAGUAUGGCCUCGUUACAGGUGAAGGUGGCUGGAUCGUUCUUAAGAUUCCAGAAACUGUCGAUCUUAAGUCACCAGAAUUCCAGAAUUACAUGCUUGAUACAGCAUUUAAAGGAUGCUAUGCUGUUAUGAAAAUGACCCAAAACGGCAUUGCAACAAACUGGGUUGCAGGAACUUAUGAUACAAAGCUUGUUGCAUCAAGAUUCCCAGGAUCUAAGGUUAUUUGCACUAUUGCUUUCGGUAUUGACUCAGAGAAAAAGAGAUUUACUGAUUACGUUGCAAAAUGGUUCACAAAGGGAGAUAGACUUGCUUACAACGUUCUUUUCUAUGAUGAAGUUGCUAAAAAGAUGAUUGAAAAGCAACCAGAAGGUAAAUUAGGUGAAAUAUUGGAAUGUGUAAGAUGGCUUCCUUCUGCUUAUAACAAGCAGCCCUGGAGAUUGUCUUUCAAUGAACCAGAAAAUAAAUUCAAGAUUUUUGACUCCCAAAAUCUUGAACAAUACACACCUCUCGAUAUCGGCAUCAUGAUUGGUGGCUUUUACUUUUAUUCCGAAGGUAAAUGCCAGAUUGAUGUUAGUAAGUCAGAGGAGACUUUCCCAAAGGGAGGAAAGUAUGUUUGCUCAAUUAAGUUAUAA